UUUGACCAGAAUCAGAACAUGACGGUAUUCUGCAGUUUCCCGGAGAUUUGUAAAUGGUUUAAACAUUUAUUUAUGCGUAUGAAGUAGGUAGAACUCCAUUUAAAAUGGGGUUGUGUGCCUCACUCAAAAAUCCCGCUAAAACACACAACUUACGAAAGCAGGACAUCAGCGAACCAAACAAUAAUAUUUUGUUUAGCGCGAAUCGCAUAUAUUCUAAUCGAUAAAUUGAAUUGAAAUAUAACACUUCUGUUUCUAUGUCUUAUUCUUAUAUUAAUUAUACAAUAUACAUAUAAUGAAAAGUUGUUACUUUAUCGAAAUCAUAUCGAUACAGUAAUGUUACUUUCACCGUGUGAAAGUGCAGAAUAAAAUGAAUGAAAAGCGGAACUUGUUUGAAAAAUAAAAAACAUCGCUACCUUUCAUUAAAAUACUUUGCAGAAAGCUAACACAACGCUAUUUCAAAUUACAAUCGCGAGAAUAAAAUCAAUAAUACUGUUGGACGAUUUUGUAGCAAAAGUUUUAUACUUGUUGCUUCUUGAAUAUUUAUAACAUACAUAGUUGAUUAAUUUUAUACUUUUUAUAAUGUUUUCUUAUAGAAAUAUUUUAACAACCACUUUCCAAUCGCUUUUGAGACAUCUACAUACUUCAAAAAUUCUACAAGAAGCAGUAAUAAUAGAUGGUAAACAAAUAGCUCAGGAAAUUCAGAAUGAAUUGAAAGCAACUCUGCAUACGUGGAUAAAUGAUACUAAAAGGACACCUAAAUUAGUAGCAAUAAUAGUUGGUAAUCAUCCAGCUAGUAAAAUGUAUGUAAAAAGAAAAAUGAAAGCUGCAAGUUUUAUUGGCAUAGAAAACUAUACUAUCCAACUAGAGGAAAAUGUAACGCAACAGCAGAUUAUCAAUGAAAUUAAUUACUUAAAUGAAGAUCCAUCCAUAGAUGGAAUUCUUGUGCAGUUACCAUUAUCAAAGCAUAUAAAUGAACAAGAAGUGUGUCAGGCAAUUGCACCAAACAAAGAUGUGGAUGGUUUUCAUUUGGAAAAUCUGGGUAAUCUAGCAUUAAAUAGAAGUGGUAUUGUUCCUGCAACUGCUUUGGGUGUGAAAGAAUUAAUAAUAAGAAGCAACAUAGAAACUUUUGGAAAAAAUGCAGUGGUAGUAGGAAGAUCAAAACAUGUUGGUUUACCUAUUGCAUUGCUUUUACAUGCUGAUCGUGAAGGCGAAACAGGUGCAUUAGAUAUGACUACAACUAUAUGUCACCGUCACACUCCCCACACUGAAUUAGAAAAGUUUACAAAAUUAGCAGAUUUGGUGGUUGUAGCUGCCGGUAUUCCUGGUCUUAUUACUAAGGAAAUGGUAAAACCAGGGGCAUGUAUAAUUGAUGUAGGAAUCACAAGAGUAAAAAUUGGAAAUCAUUACAAAUUACUGGGAGAUGUAGAUUUUGAUAAUGUGAAACAAAUUGCUGGACAUAUAACUCCAGUACCAGGAGGUGUAGGUCCAAUGACUGUAACAAUGUUAAUGAAAAAUACAAUUUUGGCAGCUAAAAGGAAUUAUGAAUGCUCAAAAUGUUUAGAUCUUAAUAAAAAAAAAACAGAAGUCAGUUAAAAAUUAAAACUUAUAUUUAGCAAAAGUGUAAUUUAUU